GACUUCGGGCUGGACGUUGCUGCGUUCCAGAAUCUGGUGGGAGACUGCCCGCUUCCCUUCCUGUGUCUCGCUGUGGACUGUUGUGAUAUGGACUCAACGCGGCGUCCGGCCUUCACGGUGAUCACACAGCGGCUGGAGAUCAUCCUGGACCAACACCGGGAGCCUGGGGAGGGAACGGCAACACCCAAGUGGGAUCGAGCGGGCACCGAGAGACUGACAGCAACACACGGUAAGAGCGAUAAAGACACAGCACGUAGCCAGGUCCGAAGGCCGACGUGCAGCCUCCGGGUUCAGUGUGAGACCAGGUUAUCCCGCAGCCACUCCGACAUGUUCUCCCCCAAACCCCUGGCUGCGGGCAGCGAAGACGACCAGUUCUCCCCCCUCCAGCGAGCCCCGACCAGGAUCAACCCCUUCUCGCGCCGGGAGGACCUGAAGGGCGGGAAGAUUAAGUUGUACGACUCUCCCAGCAAGUCGGUCAUCUCCCUGACCUUUGACUUGCCGGCCCCGGCCUCCUACCAGAUGAACCUGCCAGUGACCCCCGAGCCCAUGAUGGAUGUCAGGUGUGAGUUCCCGAGGCCUAACUUCCAGCCGCGGAACUGCCGUUCUCUCCCCUCCAGCCCCGCCCUCUCCCGCCGCAACUUGGUGCACUUUGACUUUUCUGCGCCCCUCCCCUCGAGGUAUUGGAUGGGGACGGAGGGCGGCUCUGAGCCCCCAGCGGGGGAGGGGCCCGAGCCCACUGCCUGCUCCUCCGGCCCGGUCGAGGCCCCCACCAUUGCCAUGGACAACCAGCCCUGGCCACUUCUGGUCAACGACAAGACGGCCACCGUCGCCAGGUACGACCAGCCCUGGGAGCCUCUGGUUAACGACAAGAUGGCCGCCGUUGCCAGGGACGACGGGCAUGUGGUAGUGAGCAAACCACAGCACAGCGAGACUGAGGAUGGUGAUGAUGGCGGUCAGGGGGAGGAGGAUGGUUCCCCGGGCACGGAAAACACCGAAAGCUCCCCGCCCGGCAUCGAACAGGACGACAUGCUGUCGUGCCCUGGUUGCUGCCUGGGAGGAUUCACCUUCCCGUCCCUCUGCCUCCGGCCCUCAGCCGGGACCUCGCGCUACCGUAAUCUGAACUGCGACUCCGAGCGGCUGAAGGAAAACCCAGCGGCUAAGGCUUCAGCGAGGACAGGGCCCGGCCUGAAAAUCACACAGUCGUAGACGCUGCUUCCGCUCACAGCCUCCAUUUUACCCGCUCGCUGCUAAAAA